AAACUCCCAGAAGCCCCAGAAAUGGACGUUAAGCUUGGAAAAGCAGAAGUUUCAAUUCCAGAUGUAAAGAUGGAGGUUGACAAACCUGAACUGGAAAUGCAACCCUUAGAGACUCAAGUUGAACUUGACGGACAUGGAAGCAGGUUCAAAAUGCCAAAGUUUGGAAUUUCAAUGCCAAAAGUAAAAGGACCAGAAAUUGAUUUCAGCUUAUCGAAGAAAGACGUAGAUGUGACACUACCAGAAGCUAAAGCAGAGGUCAGUCUCCCUGAUGUUGAACUACAAGAAUCUUCUACUAAAGUGGAGGUGAAAGGUCCUGAGGUUGAAGCUCAGUUAGGCAGUAUGAAAGGAUCACCAUCAAAAUUCAAACUCCCGACAUUUAAAUUCCCCAAAUUUGGAGUUUCUACUCCAAAUGUCAGCGCUGAAGUAUCUGAUACAGAACACAAAAUCAAGAUUGAUGGAGCUGACAUAUCUGUGCCAAACACAGAUGUUGAAGUUAAAGGAGAGGUCUCCCUGCCAGAGGUUGAAGUCAAAGAGGGUGGUGUUGUGAUCGAACAGCCAGGGGUUGAGGUAGAUGCAAAAAUGAAAAAGCCAAAGUUUUCACUGCCCAGGUUUUCCUUUUCAAAAUCAAGUGUUAAUGCCCCAGAAGUUGAUGUCAGUGUUCAGAAUGUGAAUGUUGAACUCCCAGAAGGAAAGGUGGAAGUGAAAGGAGGGGAAGUGGAUCUGAAACCACCAGAGGAAGAAGCAGAAAUUGACAGACAAGGAAGCAAGUUUAAAAUGCCAAAGUUUGGCAUCUCAUUGCCAAAGGUUUCAGGGCCUGAGUUUGAUUUAAGUUUAUCAAAUAAAGAUGUAGAUGUAAAAAUACCAGAGGCCAAAGCUGAAGUCAAACUCCCUGAUGUUGAUCUGAAAGAACCUUCUGCUGAGGUGGAAAUCAAACCUCCUGAGAUCAAAGUUGUAACAAAGGACACAGAAGGAUCACCAUCGAAAUAUAAAAUGCCAACAUUCAAAUUACCUAAAUUUGGAAUUGGCUCUCCAAGUUCCACCAUAGAAGUACCUGAUAUGGACACAGAUGUAAAAAUCAAUGGAGGUGACAUUGAAAUCCCUGAAAAGGUUGUUGCAGUUGACAUUUCAGCGCCCAGCAUUGAUACUGAAGGUCCAUCAAUAGAUCUGAAAACUACAGCAGCUGAACGUGAAGGAAAAGGAAGUAAGUUUAAACUGCCAAGUCUCAGUUUUUCUGUGCCUCAAGUCAAAAGCCCUGACGUUGAUUUAAGCUUAGCAAAGACAAGUGUAGAUGUGAGAUUACCAGAAGCUAAAGCUGAUGUUCAGCUCCCUGAAGCUCAAGUAAAGGAACCAUCGGCCAAAGUGGAAAUUAAAUCUCCUGGAAUUGAAGUUCACACAAGUAAUGUUGAAGGAUCACCAUCAAAGUUUAAAAUGCCAACAUUCAAAUUACCCAAAUUUGGCACUUCUACAGCACAGAUCAGUGUGGAGGUACCUGAUGUGGACAAAGACAUUAAAGUGGAUGGGGAGGAUUUUAAAUUACCAGAAGCAAAAGCUGAAGUCAAACUUCCUGAUGUCGAAAUCAAAGAGCCAGUUCAGAGUUCAAUAUCAGUAUCACAAGCACCAAUGGCAGAGGGUGAUGCAAAAGUGAAAAAGACAAUCUGGACAUUACCAAGAUUUUCAUUUCCAAAGACAAACAUUAAGAGCCCUGAGGCUGAGGUGAACCUUGAUACCCCAAAAGUUGAUGUUUCACUACCAGAGGUCAAAGCAGAGGUACGUCUUCCAGAUGUCGACAAAGAAUCAUCAAGCAUUUCAGUAGAAGGGGCAGCUAAUAUAGACCUUGAUGCCAAAUUGAAAAAGCCAAAGUUUUCAAUGCCCAAAUUUUCAUUUUCAAAGCAAAGUUCAAAAGAGCUUGAAGUUGAUGCCAGUCUUCCAGAAGUAGAUGUUUCUCUUCCAGAAGGAAAUGUGGGAGUUGCACCAUCUGAGGUGGAUGUUAAGCCACCAGAAGGUGAUGUCAAACUAGAUGGGCAGGAAAGCAAGUUUAAAAUGCCAAAGUUUGGCAUCUCAAUGCCAAAAGUAAAGGGACCAGAUAUUGAUUUAAGCCUCUCAAAGAAAGAUGUAGAUGUGAUACAACCCAAGACUGAGGUUGAAAUCCCAGAAGGUCCUAAACUUGGAGUGGAUAUAAAACCAUCUGAGUGUGAAGCAGAAAUCGAUGGACAAGGAGGCAAGUUUAAAAUGCCAAAGUUUGGAAUCUCAAUGCCAAAAGUAAAAGGUCCUGAAAUUGAUUUAAGCUUAUCAAAGAAAGAUAGAGAUGUCACACUCCCAGAAGCUGAGGCUGAGGUUCAGCUUCCAGAUGUUAAAAUAAAGCAACCGUCUGGCAAAGUGGAAAUUAAGGCUGCUGAGAUUAAAGCGGGUAAUGUCGAGGGAUCACCAUCAAAACUGAAAAUGCCAACAUUCACAUUACCAAAAUUUGGAGCUUCCACUCCAAAGGUUAGUGUGCAAGUACCUGAUGUGGACAAAGACAUUCAAAUUGAUGAUGCAAAGCUGGAAGUACUUAAAGAGGGAGCUACGGUGACAGUCACAGCCCCCAGCAUCGAUGCUGAAGGCCUAUCUGUAAAUAUGAAAGCUAAAGCAGGUGAACUUGAGGCAUCGGAAGGCAAGUUUAAAAUGCCACAUAUUGGAAUCACAGUGCCAAAAGUUAAGGGGCCUGAUAUAGAUCUGAGCUUAUCCAAGAAAUGUCCAGAUGUCACAUUACCAGAAGGUAAAGUUGAGGUCACACUGCCUAGUGCUGAAGUCAUAGAACCUGAAGGUGCCGUUGAGACAGUUGAGACCGAGGCCAAGUCUAAACGACCAAACUGGACAUUUCCAAAAUUUUCAUUUUCAAGAACAAGUGGUAAAGCCCCUGAUGUGGAUGUCAACCUUGAAACACCAAAAGCUGAUGUUGCAUCCCCGGAGGUCGAAGCUGAAGUCUGCCUCCCACAUGUCAAAGUCAAAGAACCUUCAGGGAAGGUUCCUGUGGAAGAGCCACCUGCUGUCGAACUUGAUGGAAACUUGAAAAAAUCUAAAUUUUCAUUACCAAAAUUUUCUUUUUCAAAGUCAAGUGUUACAAUGCCUGAGAUCAGUGCUGAGCCUCCACAGGUUGAUGUUUCUCUUCCAGAAGGAGAGGUUAUAGUCAAACAACCUGAAAUGGAAAUUAAAGCUCCUGAGCUUGAAGAUCAACUCAACGUGCAAGGAAGCAAGUUUAAAUUUCCAAAGUUUGGAAUUGCACUGCCAAAAGCAGAAGGACCUGAAGUUGAUUUAAAUGCAUCACAGAGAGAUGUAGAGGUCACACUGCCAAACGUCAAAGCAGAAGUCAAACUCCCUGAAGUUGAAGACAAGGAAUCUUCUUCUAAUGUGGAGGCUGAUGCAAAGAAGAAAGAUGUUGGAGGAUCCCCAUUAAAGUUUAAAAUGCCAACAAAGAAAAUGCCGAAAUUCGGAGGUGCUUCCUACGAUGUCACUGUAGAAACGCCUGAUGUGGACAAAGCUGAAAAAGAUGCAGCUAAACUUGAGGAUGUUACCGUCGAGAUUAAAGCUCCAAGUGUUGAUAUAAAAACUGAACCCAAAGCAGUAAUAACGGAUUCUGAAACACCAAAGACUGAGACUGACGGUGUGAGUCAUGGAUCUCCAAGUAGAUUCAAACUACCAACAUUUAAAAUGCCGAAGCUGAGUUUCUCAAAAUCCAAACCUGAAGAAGAACACGGUGACAGCGACGGCCAAGAAGAUCAGCCAGAAAGAGAAGAAGAGACUAAAUCCCCAAAGCUGACUUUGACAUCGUUUGGUGAAAUCCUCAAGAAUAUUGAUGUGGAAUUUGAUGUUUCAAAAACAGAGGAAGAAAAUCUUAAAGCCUCGAAGGAAGUUCAUGAGACAAGUGAACCCAGAGGAAAGGAGUUAGAUGCAAAGGAAAAGGAAACAACUACCAAGCUAGAUACUCCCAAAAGUCCCGAGAGGACAGGGUGGUUUAAAUUCCCCAAGUUUGGACUGUCCUCCCCGUCAGAAUCUGCCAAGAUGCCUGAAAAAGAUGAGCACAAGGAUGGAAAGACCCCCGAAACAGGGGAUGAGGAAAUAAGCCCCACCUGCUCUGUCCAGUCAUCAGAUGCUUUUGCUGACAUCAGCUCUACAAUGACAAGUGAGCACAUUGGCCUGUCCAUAUCUUCUCCAACCAAGGUUACUGUCAAAUACUCUGAUCCCGAUGCUGCUCCGAGCCUCGAAGAGAUGCACAGCAGCGUCAUUACUUCGACCACAAGGACUGAGCUGAUUUCGGUCGAGCCGAACUUGCCUGAGAAAAUCACCAUCCUGUCGUCUGGAGUUUCCUCGUCGUCAGAAGACACGCUCAGACUGGAAUCUGGAAAAAUACACGUCAUUACAUCAAAUAUUCAAGCAACCCCAGAGUCACAGCAUGCCAAGCUGCUAACUGCUGUUCAAGUCCAAUCAGCUGGAGGCCCUCCCCUCCAAUCGGAGGGUGAGGAAGCUGCUUCGUGGACGGUUGAAGAUCCACAAGGCGGCAGGAGGACGGUCUUUGAGCGGCACAUCGUUCGAGGAACAUCAAGUGAAAGAAGCGAAAGCAAAGAAACGAUCGUUAUAACGAAACAAAUCACACGUAUAUUCGACUCCUCUGAACCCAUCUCAGGUGAGACGGCCACAUCCAUCCAGCGACUGAGAGACUCUGUGCACUCGGAGAAAAUGAGGUUCUUUGACGGAGCCGAGAAGUGAAAGAAAUUGUAAAUUAUGUGUAAACAUGGUUGGUGGGGAACAAAUUUCACUGGUCAUGUUCACGAGAGAGGAAAACGUGGAAAAGGUAGUUUUACAGUUAAACUCUGGUGUUAACUUCGAUCACUGGUUGCAUGUUGUUGACCUCUGAAGUGAUGGAUUCAUUCGAGUCACUAUGACAAUGUGAUCACGUUAACAAGCAGAGUAACUGAAGUACCUUAGUGCAAAUGAUGACAGGGCUUCACCGAUAUGUUUGCUUAUGGUAUAUUACUAAACUAAGCUCUGUCUUUUGCUUUUCUGAACCAAAUCUCUGUGGUUUCAUACUUUUUAAUGUACAUUUCUAAACGGAACUCUUAUUAAUCCGAUGAUAAACAAACUGUGCAUUUCAUUUAAAAGUGGUAGCUGCAAAAAUCAAUCAAUGUUACUGACAUUCCACAGACUUUUUACAAUAAUAUCACUGUAAAGUUAGUUGACAGUAGAAAACACCUUCAAUACACCAGUGCAGUAAAUGUAAAACAAACAAAAAAAGGAAUGUGUACAUGUAUCACCAAGAUAUUCUUAAAUAGCUCAAAUGUAAAGAAACCAUAGCAAUGCAAAGCUGAAAUGAAACACGUAUGUUUGUACUGCAGCUGCAAGUAUAUUUUUUACUAAUACUUUGCUACUUAGAACCUAAUUUGCUACAAUAAAAUGAUUAUAUUAUGUUUUCUUUUAUUAUCACUGUAUAAAGUGGGAAUAUUGAACUGGCUUUGUAAAUAGCUUUCAAGGACCUCUGGAGUUUUAUUUGUUUACUGCUCCUGUUUGUAUCCGAAUAGGCUUUAACCUGAUGUGUUAGCAGAGUUAUACACAAUAAAUAAAUAAAGACUAUA